AUGCUGUCUCGGCUUCUGUGGACCUCAGCGGUUUCUGAUGAAGAAUUGAAGAGGAGAGUCGCUGAGGAGCUGGCGUCGGAACAAGCCAGGAAGGAGGCUGAACAUCAGAGAUGACUGAAGCAAAGUAAACAGCUGGAGCGAGAGCGGGCUGCUGCCAAUGAGCAACUGACCAGGGCCAUCCUCCGUGAGAGGGUGGCAAGUGAGGAGGAGCGUGCCAAGGCGAAGCACCUGGCCAAGCAGCUGGAAGAGAAAGACCGCGUGAUCAAGAAGCAGGAUGCAUUCUCCAAAGAGCAGCUGGCUAGACUGGAGGAAAGGAGUGCAGAGUUCUACCAGGUCACCACUGAACAGUAUCAGAAAGCUGCUGAAGAGGUGGAAGCCAAGUUCAAGCGGUAUGAAUAUCACCCAGUCUGUGCUGACCUGCAGGCCAGAAUUCUCCAGUGCUACCGCCAGAACAGCCGCCAGACGCUCAGCUGCUCUGCUUUGGCCAACCUUUACAUGCAGUGUGUCAAUCACGCCAAACAGGUUGUUGAGAGACAGGAAUCGUGGACAGUUGUUGAGAGACGGGAAUCUCUGCUGAAGAGCCCCAGCACUGACCUCACCCCACUAAUGUAG